CAAAAUGAAGCCACACGAUUUAACAAUUUGGUUUUUUGGUGUAUUUGUUAUCUUAACUCAAUUCUACGUAAUAUUUUCACUACCUCCAUUUGAUGAUAAAUUAUUAGCAAAUGCAAUUGCUAACGCUACCGUUAAUUCCACGUCGAAUUCUACUUUGGAAAGCUUAAAAUCAGCAACAAAUUCAACAAAAUUAAAUUCGACUUCAGUGGCCAAUUCAACCGAUUUGGAAAAAAAAUCGAAUAAAACAACCGAACAAGCAACAAAUUCAACAAAAUUAAACACAACUUUGGUAGCCAACUCAACCGAUUUGGAAAAGAAAUCAAAUAAAACAACAGAACAAGGCAAUGGAAAGCAAUUAGUUAGCGUUUAUGAUCUAUAUGGAGCAUCAAUUCCUUCCGCUGUCAUAAUUGCACCACCAAAUGUUGACGGUUAUGUAGUGUCGACUGGAGAGGGUGGAUCAAAUUUUGCAACACUACGUCCAAUUAAUGCACCAGCACCAAAUGUUUGGUUUUCAGAUGGUUGGUUUAACUGGCCAUUUUCAUGUUCUUGGCCAGAUAUAUUUCCAUUUUUGUGAAUGCUGCCACUUUCUGUGUAUCGAUUAUAAGAAUACCGAAAAAUUUUUGUUUUAAUUUUAACAAAAAAUUAUAAUUUUUAUAUAAACAUUUUUGAAAUAAAUAAAUUGUUUUUAAUAAAAUAUUUUAAAA